ACGUAGUAAUUGGGAGACGCUGUUGAUUUUAGUUGUGUGUGUAUACUGAGAGGUAACGGUAAGUUUUGGCUAUGUCGGGCCCCAGGCAGUGCCCUGACUGUGGCUCCUGUGAUGUUGUGGAGGAUGCUCACUACUCCCAGGACCAGCUGGUGUGCACUGCCUGCGGCUUUAUAUUGACAGAGGGACUGCUGACAACAACCCAGGCAGAGGAGGGCUUUCAGCAAGCGGUGAAGUUUUCUGAAAGUACCGGAGAGCGUGAAUCAACAAGCAAGUGCAAACUUCGAGGCAUAAAGCGAGUAAGGGAUGUUUGCAGAGUUCUGAGACUGCCAGACAGCUUUACAGACACUGCAGUGUCUUACUAUGAACAGGCCUUCAACCAUCCCAACUAUCACUUUAUCACUACGCAGAAAAAGGAAGCCGUGAUGGGAUGUUGCGUUUACAUUACUUGCAGACAGCACCAGUGGCCUCUUACCAUGGCAACCAUUUGCACUUUGCUAUACACCAAGAAAGAAAUAUUUGCAAGCAUUUACCCUGAUGUUGUUCAAACGCUGAAACUGAAUGUACCAUUGCUCAGCCUCUGUGAUCUUGUGAAAAGUCAUUGCACGAGUUUCAAGCUAUUUCAAAACUCCUCUUCGGCCCCUACAGGAUAUGUAGAAGAUCUCAAUAAGGUCUUAGAGAGGGCUCUGCAAACAGUGGAAUUGGCCAGUGAGACAUGGCUAGUUACUGGACGUCACCCUAUACCUAUCGUUACAGCAGCUGCCUAUGUUUCCUGGCAGUCUUUGCAACCAUCCACGCGUUUGUCAUGUACAUUUGUCCGCUUCUGUAAAUUAUCUGAUGUGGACUUGCCACCUCCGUCAAAGAAGAGACUAAAAGAAUUUCAUGAAAUCUUCCUUAAGUUGGCCAACCAGCUUCCCUGGCUGAAAAUGCUUUCCCUAAAUAAGAACACUGUAGUGCGCCACCUAGGUGACAUCCUGAAGCACCGUGCGUACCUUCUGAGACAGGCGCUAGCAGCCACAGAGACUGUCAAUAUGUCCACAGAUUCUGAAACUCAUUCCACCACUGGGAAGGCAAGCCGAUCAACUCAGUUUCUUCCACCAUGUAUCACUAACCCUCAGAAAAGAAGCUACCGAAUGGCAUUCCCACCGGGCCCUCAGAAUCUUACAGGGGAAGAGGAUAUCUCUGAUAGCGAGAUUGAGCAAUACUUAAGGACACCAAGUGAAAUUGAGGAAUUUAAACAUGCCCUGGCUCAGGUACCUAGUGUUUAAUAUGAUGCAUGGUAAAAAAAAAAAUUGAGUGUCGAUGGCCAUAUUUUUACCUCCAUUCCGGAAUAUCUCA